AAAAAAGGGUGCAAAAUGAUGGAAGGUUUUUGAAUUGAGCGCCAUCUGAUAUUAUGGCCCUCGGACUACUCCCAUUCUCAAAGCAGUACAUCGACAUGAACCUCUCCGUAGUUUGUUUGCGUUCAUCGGCUGUAUGUAUGAAUUUCGUGGUGUUCGCAGGUUACAAUAAAGCAGAUAAUUUUUCAAUUAAAGUUGACUUAAGAUUGGAAUCGUAGUGUAGUGUGCGAAAACGAUUAAUCGCCGGAUACGGAAUCCAUAACUGUUUAAUGGAUCCGACUAUCGGUUGGUAUCAACCGGAGCAGUUCGGCCCUGCUAAGGACUUAUGGUUACACAUUUGGGAAGCUGAGAAAGGUCUCGAUAUCUUAACCCUGAAGAACGAUUCGUCGUCGAAUGUGAUGGGCGUUAAAAUGCAACAGGAUUUUAUAGCUUUCGACUCGGUGAAUAAUCGUACGGGAGAUCGUGGUCAGCAAAAUACUUGCAAUAGUUAUUAUAACCCAUCACGUAGGAAAGGUGAUAAUCGUGCUAGUACCUACGGCAUGAACUACAAUUAUGAUGCCUUGGUCGGAGAAUACGGUGGAUGCCCGUGGCGUGUGCCUAAUAAACAUUAUUCUAAAGGAGUUAUUGGGUUACACGAAGAAAUAGAAGAUUUCUUUUCAUAUAUGUGUCCAUCCAAUGAAGAACAUAAUUUAAGAAUACGAGUGGUUAAACGUAUAGAACAAGUAAUAUAUGAUCUUUGGCCGGAUUCGAAAGUUGAAGUAUUUGGAAGUUUUCGUACUGGUCUAUAUUUACCCACUAGUGACAUAGAUUUAGUUGUAAUUGGAAUGUGGACAAAUCUUCCACUACGUACAUUGGAACGUGCUUUAUUAGAUCAAAAUAUCGCUGAACCAUCUUCUUUAAAAGUUUUGGAUAAGGCCAGUGUUCCAAUUGUCAAACUUACCGAUAAAGAGACAGAAAUUAAAAUAGACAUUAGUUUUAACAUGAAUAAUGGUGUAAAAUCAGCAGAAUUGAUAAAUUCUUUUAAAAGACGGUUUCCUGUAUUAGAAAAGCUUGUUAUGGUACUGAAACAAUUUUUAUUACAAAGAGAUCUUAAUGAAGUAUUUACUGGUGGGAUUUCUUCAUACAGUUUAAUACUUAUGACCAUCAGUUUUCUGCAAUUACAUCCUAGACAAAAUGCUUAUUGCUCAAGUGCUAAUUUGGGAGUAUUAUUGAUUGAAUUUUUGGAACUCUAUGGUAGGAAAUUCAAUUAUGUAAAAACAGGCAUUCGAGUAAAAGAUGGUGGUACUUACAUAUCUAAAGAAGAGGUUCAACGAGACAUGAUAGAUGGACAUCGACCUUCCUUGUUAUGCAUAGAAGAUCCACUUACACCUGGUAACGAUAUAGGUCGUAGUAGUUAUGGUGCUCUGUAUGUAAAAGAUGCAUUCGAUUGGGCGUAUUAUGUUCUUUCUCAAGCAGUCAGUCCUUUAAAUAUUCUAGUUAAUGAUGCAAAUAAAGUAAGUAUAUUGGGAAGAAUAAUUCGUGUGACAGAUGAGGUAAUAGAGUAUCGUAGAUGGAUUAAAGAAACAUUCCCAGUACCACUGAGUGAAGUGGACUCUCUGUCUAGCUCAACUGGAUCUGAUGCAUCCACUCUCUCAGCACCAGCUAGUGACACGGAUUCAGAAUGUAGUCGUGGAAAUUCACCAAAUACAGGUGGAAAAGGAGAAGAAAAUGCUAAAGAGCGGCAUGUAUUUAACAAUCAACAACCUCAUCAUCAUUCUCAAUGGAAGAAACCUUUUAAAACAACUACUCACUUAAAUCAUCAGCACAGUUCUAGAGGAAAUUAUCGUGGAAUAAAUAAUAAUAUAGGUGGACAAAAUAAAAUAAAACAUAAUCUUCACAGUAAUGGUAGUCAUAACAAUAGCACUAGUCACAGUCCAAAUUCAAGACCACACACAUUGAAGAGAAAGAAACAAUGCGUAACACACACACAGCGUGGUCCUGGAGAUUGUGUACGGUGAUGAAUUGUGCAAAGUAAUUUUGAACAAUGUUAAAAUAUCACUUAAGACACGAGUUUAAUAUUAUGAUCGUGUGAUAAAGCGACAGCAAAUCAUUUUUGUCACAUAUUAACUAAAUCAUUCUGUCGCGACAUCAUCCUUGUAAGUUUUCUCCAUUCAGUCUGCAGAAGGGGUUAAUAUUUACAAUUAAGCAUUUGCAAUUCGAAUACGAUAUUAUUCUUGACAGUACAAAAGAUACCCCUGAAGUAGCUAUAUUUUUCAUUUUCCAAGAAUAUAUUUCACUCUGUACGAGAGCUUGUGUACCAAAGACGCGCGUACAGAAUUGUAAUA